GUCGCAGACGUCUCCCGCUGUGCCAGCGACGACCCCAGCGACGACAGCAUCGACAACGACGACGACGACUUGUGGUGGUGCCAAGUUGAUCACCACGAACGCACCGACGAUGGCGGCUCGGUCCAGGCCCGCCCACCUGUCCAACAGCCUCUCGCUGGACGACUGCCCAGCUCAAGAGUUCCUCGGCGUCUCUGGAGGCAGUGCCCGAGGCCUCGGCGCCGCGGCGAAAGAUCAGCGCCAAUUACCCGCUCACGGGUUCCGACACGGCUUCCUUGCUGGUGUGCAGCAAGUGCGGACGAGACUGCCGCCGCCGCAGCCAAGGCCCAACCCGUGUCGUGGUUGACAGCGGCCGGUGGCGGCGGUGGCGACUCCGGUGCGCGAACGACGACUCCCGCGCCGUCACCCGUUCCACCGUCUCCGCAGCUGAGCGGCGGUGCGCCCGAAAGGGUGGUCACCGUCCACCACGAACGCUCCCACAGCAGCCCCGCGACAACGUCGAAUGGUUCGCCCUUGCUCGUCAGAACGGGAUCCUUGCGACGUCAUCAGGACACACGGACGCAUGUCGUCGGGGAGCUCUACGACACGGAAAAGUCCUACGUGGAGAGCCUUCAGAUUCUGGUCAAUAAGUACAUGCGUCCGCUGAAGAGCCCGGACACCGCGGGCACGGUGGACAGCAGCCUGGUGGACGAGAUCUUCUACAUGAUCCCCGAGAUCCUGAGCCACCACGAAGCAUUCCUCGAGGUGCUCCGCCAGAGGCUCUCCUGCUGGGACACCCGCCAGAAAGUGGGCGAUGUAUUCGUCGAAGCGUUCACUAAACAGCCUGUGAUAGACACCUACACUGCAUUUAUCAACAAUUGGAAGUCAGCCAAGGAAGCCAUCAAGAUGGCAACUCAAGCAAAGCCUGCUUUUGCCAAGUUUCUUGAGAACACAUCAAGGGAGCACAAAGGCAAAUUAGCCCUGGAUGCCCUUCUAAUCAUGCCAGUGCAGAGGAUACCUCGUUAUGAACUUCUUAUUAAGGAGUUGAUAAAGCACACGCAGCAUGACCACCCUGACCACCAGCUGCUGGUACUGGCACAGAAAGAAGUGCACGAACUGGCCCUCAAGAUCAACCGCAUGGAGCGAGAGGCGUUUCAGCAUGAGCAGAUGCAGCAGAGGGUCCGUGAUAUUGAGCAGCUCAUCGAGGGUGUCAUUGAUCUCGUCCAGCCAGAUCGAACAUUUAUUCGUUACGACUUUGUGACAAUACCUGGUGGCCUCGGCACAAAAAAAGACAGAUGCCUUUUCUUGUUUUCCGACCUUUUGCUGAUCACAAGCAUCAAAAGAAAGAGUGGGACAAUGCGAAAAACGUCGCCUUCUUCGAGUUCUCCCGCUGGUUUUGGAUUCUCUGUGUUUGAUAUGAACAAGUACAAACUGCUGCUUAGGUUUUCCCUUGACAACCUGGACAUCUUGAAAUCUGCUGAUGUGGGACUUAAGAAAGCCAUACGAGAAGCAGAAAAUUUGGAAGAAGACAUGUCGGUUAUAACACAGAUAUCCGAGCUUGCCUCUCGACUGAACUGCCCUCACCAGACCCUGGAUGAUGCAGUGAAAGAAAUCACAAAUUGCCUGAACAAGCAACUUGCUGAGCGUCAGAGCUAUGACUUGCAACUGCUGAACCUGCAGCUCUCAGUAACCACUCCAGAGGGUGUUGAAAACAUAGCUAUUAUAUUCCCUUCCACUGAGAAACGGUCUUCGUGGGAAGUUGCCUUCAACGAAGCCAAGCAGAAACUUGCGCUGUCCACAGACCGGCGGCCACCCCCAGAGUUCCUGCACCCUGUGCCAAUCCGCAAGACUCGGGCGGGACUGCAGUUUACGUGCGCAGUGGCCACCCUGGGCCUCAAUGCCCAUGGCCUGCGAGACGUCUGGGUCUGCAACAGCGAUGGCUACGUUGGCCAAGUGUGCGUGUUGAGCCUCCAGCCGGAGCCCACGGUCAUGUCCUGCAACGGUGUCUGCAAUGCCCGCAUUCUCUGCAUCGCUUCCAUCCCGGCGGCCAGCCCAGUGCUGUCGUCAAUGGGACGCCGGAAGUCACUUGUACCUGAAUCAAAUGCGCUCGCCAGCGUAGACGCAGAGAGUAAAGAGCAGGAGCCUACAGCAGCUCAGCCAAACAACAAUGGCAAUAUCCAACUUGACAGUGAAUCCAGUGAAGAUGAAGAGGAGGAAGAAGAGACGACCAGUGAAUCUCAAGAAGAAGAACAUCAAACAAAGCCACAGGAAAACUCUAAAGUGCCAAAGGAAGAAGUUGAAGAAACUGACAAUCACUUCCCUACCAUGUGGUUAGGAACUGAAGACGGCUGCAUCCAUGUUUAUAAUUGCAACGAUAACAUCAGGAUAAAGAAGAACAAGAUGAAAGUGCAGCACUCGGCAGCAGUUCAUUGCAUCAUAUACCUUGACAACCGUGUAUUUGUAUCGUUGUCAAGUGGAGAAAUCGCAAUCUACAGAAGGGAGUCUGGAGGUGGAUGGAACACAAGCGAUCCCCAGAAAGUUCAAGUGGGCAGCAGCGUCGCACCAGUGCUGCGUAUGCUGGCCGUUGCUGGGAAGUUAUGGUGUGGCUGCCAAAACUACAUCAAGGUUCUCAGCACUGCUUCCUUAGAAGUAGAGCAUUCUUUCCAAGUAAGCAGCGACUCAUCGCGAGCUGUGCUGUGCAUGGUGACGUCCGGCCUUGGUGUUUGGCUGGCCAUUCAGCACAGCGCAGUCAUCCGGCUAUUUCAUGCCACCACUUACGAGUGCCUGCAGGAUGUAAACAUUGCACCUGCUGUUACCAAAAUGCUUUCAGCAUGUGAUGACAUAAUCCGACAGCACAAAGCGGCAUGCCUCCGGGUCACUGCCCUGCUGGCCUGCAAGGACCUGCUCUGGGUUGGCACCAGUGCAGGGGUCCUGCUCACCCUCCCUCUCCCCCACCUCACCUCGAGCACCAGUCGUUUGGGUAGCCUGCCCAACAUUGUCGGCGUGCCUCAUGGCCACACGGGUCACGUGCGGUUCCUGACAGCUGUGGAGACGACGGAGCCUGCGGGUAGCCGGCACCACCACCACCGGUCGUUGCGGUGCUCGCGUGACAGUGGCGCCACGUCAGCGUCAGGGGCUGCCUCGAUGGCUGGCCGAAGGGCAUCGCUCACGCCCGCCGCAGGCUGCCGCCUGCUGGUCAUCAGCGGUGGCGAUGGCUACGAGGACUUCCGCAGCGCUGGACUAAGUGAGGCCGCCGGCCGAGACGACAGCACCAACCACCUCUUGCUGUGGCAAGUGUGAUGAUGACGAGGUCUCGCGGAUCGCGCCUAUGGGAACUCAACAUGGCACAGGGCUGCGGGAAAUGGUCACUAGGAGCGCCACAGCUGACUCAUGUAUUUAUAUGGAGGGUGUGUGGUUUUAAGUAGCAAAUUUUAGAUUCUCUAGCCUUAUAGAGAUUAUCAUUGGUUGUUUGAAAUAGGAGCUCACUACGUAGACGUGUACAAGAAAGACGUGCACAAGCGCCUCAUGUAUUACCAACUCGCCCAAUCGACCAUAUUGACAAAUUAUCAUUGGAAUUGAUAAACUAAAAUCUGAAUAAUCACUCCUAUGUGCCUCAGUACCUGUCAUUGAGGGACAAAAUGUGGUGUUACAAUAUCAAAAUAAAAUUGUUUUCGGUGUUUCUUGACUAAAAGUACAACUGGGAUGAAAGGAUUGAAAACACAGUAUAUUACAGCCCGUGCUUUCCAAUCUAGACACCGCUGGUCCAUUUUUCGAUCUUGUUGCUUGAUUUUUGCCUUUCUAUUCAAGUUAUAUCCUUAUCUUAUGGCUCAUAACUAAGGUUAUGGUUGAGCCAUAACCUUAGUUAUGGCUCAAUCUCAUGAUGAAAAUGUGAUUUUUAGGAAUUGGAAUUUCUUGUUACUCAUCAUUGCCAAUGGAUAGUUGGACAAGAAAGUGGGAUACUAGUUGUGCACUUUGGUUGAAUGCAGACAAAGCUUAUGUUAUCUUUCUCUGCAGCCUAUAGAUAUUAUUGGUUUGAAGUUUUUUCACAGCUAUAGACUGCACUAAAAGUUUUCAGGCCAAAGAAGGAGUGCAAGCUAUUCAUGAGAUUACAUUGUAGCCCUAUCUUCACUGUGAUUCGGGGUGGUGUGAAGGCAAAUCUGGAGAUGAAAUGGUCAUUGUUAAACAGUGAGUAAAAGUAAAUUUAGUGUAUAUGCACGCAUAGCAUGUCAUUCUUGUGCAAAUAUUGAGCAGAGAGCAGCUGUGAACGCAGUGUUGAAUGUCAUGUACAAAACAAAAUCUCCGCAGCUUUGCUCUGGGAUGACAGUGGUGUUUGGAGGUUUCUUUAAGAUAUGAAUAUUUUUGUAUUUGGUUAUCUAUGCAGCCUUUCUCUCCUCUCUUGACAGUGAAAUUGGGUAUGUAGUUUCAUGCCAUAGCAGGCUAUACAAGAUAGCCUGAAACCAUAUUCGAGCUGGUCGAAGCUGUAACUCAGUUGUACUUCUAGAUCUGGAUCACUCUGUAUAAGUGUGACUUUAACACAUGCUAUAUUACAGCUACCUGCUUGAGUGUUAAGGCAGCGCAGAGAGCUGCAAGAAAAGGGCAGAAAGAAAGGAAGCACAUGUAAAUAUUUGUUCCAAUGUUUAUGAGUGCAUAGUCCUCAUAACAUCAUUAUAAGUUGCUACUCACAUGAACAUCAGCACCACGUUAAUGUUGAUACUGUCCAAUACUGAGUGCAUAUUUUUUGCUGCGGCAUCAGGCAUAGUGAAUUGGCUGUGGUGCUUCGAGAGCCUCAUCCCGUGACCCUGACAUGGCCUAGUACAUGCUGCCACCACAAAGAGCAGGGAGCAUUAGGCCUUGUGAAGAGACCGGGAGCGCGCGCGGUACCUCCUCCACUGCAGUGGUAUACUGGCGCUGGUGAAGCUCGGUGACAGUGCGACUGUGCCCUGUGAUGGCGAAGUCUCUUACGGCUAAAACUCUGUGGUGGCUGCCCCAGAGACCUCUUCGAAAACCUCCCACACCUGACUCUGUCCCUUUCCUGAUGACUUAAUGUUGAUCCCUCUUUUUUUGUGUGUGUGUGUCUUCUCUGGGCUCCAAUUCAGCUCGGAGAGACGUGCUGUGUGGCUGGUGCUGUGCACCUUGAGACUCAGCAUACUGCCGCAAGUGCCAAAGACAUUGAAAUGUGGUUGUGUGUGACCGAGGCUGUGUGUGAUGGCUGGCACGGUGUGUUCGACCGUGCAGGCCAAGUGCAACGUGCAUGUCUCGUUUUAGAGCGAUAUCGGUCUUUCGCUGAAAAGCGGUAGUCGAGGCAGCGUUCUCAGAAAUUGACGCGUACCUCUGUUAGGGGUGCCGUCACUGAUAUUUUAGAAAGAAAAAAAACUGGCUAUUCUUGGGCAUCUGCGAUUAGGUGGAGGUGCCCGCUACCUUUUUUUGCACGCACCAGCUGCUUUUAGAUUGUGCUCGUUUUGUUCCGACUGUCCUGCUCCAUCUCAAUUUUCAUGGACAUCAUGUCUGUGCAUGGUGAACAAGUUGUAUCGUGUUUCCUCUGUAAUUCUAAAUGGGAUGGAGUUUGCUCUGUGAAGUUAUCUUUCAGCUAUGGCUGACUUAGACUAUAGCAUCCUUCAUUAGACCGCUGGGAAGACCACGUUUCUGGCCACCUUCAAUUUCCGCAGAUGUCCCCUGAAGAACGGACAACGAUACUGUGUAGCAUAGCCCUCACUUUUUUCUAUGUGUAGCAUUGUUGGGAUUAAUUAUACAAUGGCGCUUCAUCCAGUUCUUUACAUGUCAGCACAGUGCACUUUGUGUGGCUUUGUUUCGUGUCUUAGGCCCGGUGAUGCUUGUAAUAACGUAGGCAAGAAAGCCGUGCAGUACUUUCAGUGUGAGCUUACGUAAUUUGGCUGCUGCGAGAAUAUUUCUUCUUCAGUGAAACUUUGAUAUCUCUCAAGGCAGCUGGGGUACUCGCAAACAACAAGGCUGUAGCACACAUGUGCCUGAAUGUUCCAUUAGUAGGGGCAAUGACGGAGAUUACGAAAUUGUAAUAUUAAGUCAUGUUAAGAGUCAUAUAUACAUAUGUACACAUAUAAAUUAGAUGAAACCUUAGGCCUUCUGUCUUAAUAAGUGUGUAAGCUUGUGUCUAAUCUUUUACUCACGGCUGUCUUCCGACUUGCCCGAGGCUUAGCUAGGGCAUGUAAACAGUUGUGCUCGGAUCCAUAACUAUAGGGGCUUGAAGCUCUUUAGCCUUUUGCUAGAUGACAGCUGAUGGCUGAAAUGCAUUUACAUUGUUGAGCCUGGUGGUUUGAAACAUUUGUAUACACAUAAAUCAUUUGUCACAAACUGGGGCAUUUUUACAAUGUACUGAUAAAGUAAAAAAUAAGUGGGUGGGCUGCUUAAAGUUCUGACCUAUGGGUGGUGCCUUCGUCUCAGUUCUGUUUGAACACUCAUGCUAAUAACUAGUGGCUGAUGUCUCUAGCGAGGGGUUCUUAAACUUGCGUUGUUUGCUCUUUGGUUGUAAAAAGAAUUGUUUGAUAACAUUUCUGUAACAUCAAGAAUAGUUUUUGUGACAAAAUGUAAGGCACCAACCACGUCAUAUGGUGCCCAAGGAAUGCACCCCUGAAAAUUGUAUUGCGUGACACCUGUACUUUCAGAAAAAAAAAUGAAGGCUCGGUGAAAAUAACUGACCUAAGGAACUACCUAUGUUAUUCAGACCAGGCUUGUGGUGAUGGUUGGCAUGAUAGAUUCACACAGUUUUAAUGACAUCAUCGCAGUGAAAACAUUAGCAGACUAGGGAUCACGAGGUUUUCUCGAGGCAAUCGGUUGAAAUAUUUCUUCCAUUACUGAAAAGGCUUCUGCCACUUAGCCCUGUUCAAAAAUAUUAGCCCAGUCUCAACAGUUAGCAGCUGGGGUCUCAUUGGCUUCCAGAGUUAUUGAGUUAUUGUGAAAAAAUACUAAUCUCUACUUAAACUUACAGAUAGCACUAGAAAAUAUCCUGUCAUUGUGUGUGUCACGGAUGUGGUGUGCAAAAACACGUCCUCUGCAAUCAGUUGUUUUCAGAUAAGCGAUCCCGAUCAGCCUUAGGUGGGUGGGAGGGGGGAGGGUGAGGGUAGCCAGUUGAUUCAACGACAACGAAAGCACAAAUGCAGGGUGGCCUACACUGUCCCACAAAGCACUUUCCAGGCAGCACUUGCAAAGUUGAUCAUUUCAUCACGACACUACAGUGACAAAAAUGUCAUCUCACUCAUUACGCACGCAUUUAUAUAACAUACUAUGUUCGGUUGCACACCUUCCCAGCCACAUAUGUGAGAGAUGUUUGUUUACUAUCGGUCUGCUGGCAGGCAGGUGCUGGCCUGCGUGUAUACAGUUUUAUUCUUUAUCCUUGUUGCUGUUUGUUCUGUGAGGACUUGUUGUCAUAUGAUUGCUGGUUGCUUGAACUACCUUGUAAAAAUAUGUGUAACUAUGGAACAUGUACUCUUGUUUUGCACUGACAGUGAGACACCAUUGCGGCACCACUGCAUGUCGUGCUAUAAAAGCGCCGUAUUUUUCCGUUUGUAUCUUCACUGCUUUACUCAUCUCUGUGUAAACAUUGCACUAAACAGAAGUGAAUGAAAACAAGUGACAAAACCAGUAUUCACGUGCA